AUGUCCUGCCAGCAAAGCCAGCAGCAGUGCCAGCCCCCUCCCAAAUGCCCUCCCAAGUGUCCUCCCAAGUUCUCUUGCUGCAGCUCCAGCUCUGGAGGCUGCUGUGGUUCCAGCUCAGGGGGUUGCUGCAGCUCUGGGGGUGGCGGCUGCUGCCUCAGCCACCAUAGACCCCGCCGUUCCCUUCGUCGCCGACAGCAGAGCUCUGGUUGCUGUGGUGGUGGCAGUAGCAGUGGCUGCUGUGGCAGCAGUGGUGGCAGCAGCUGCUGUGGCAGCAGCGGUGGCAGCAGUUGCUGUGGCAGCAGUGGUGGUGGCCAGCAGUCUGGGGGCUCUGGUUGCUGCUGA